AUGAGUGGGCUUCCCGUUCGGCCCGUGCAGCUUAGCCUGAGCGAGCGAUUUCCCGUGGGUAAUGUCGCUGUCAAUGCUGACCCUGUACAUGGCAAACCGACUAAACUCGUAUAUGGACUUCCUGCACGAGCUGCCAGCGACGCUGACACGAUUCUCGAUUUAUGGUCCCGGCUGCCCCAGAUCAAGCCUAUUCGUCUCAGACUCUUUCUGACCAGCCGACCCGAUCUACCUAUUCAGCUGGGAUUCAAGAACAUGUCCGUCGAUGCUCAUCAGGACCUGGUUCUCCACGAUGAAGUUCCCCCAACGACGAUUCAGCAUGACAUCUCCGCUUUUUUGAAAGACGCAUUUUCGAAGAUCCGAGAGAAUUACAAUGCUGACCUGCCUUCGAGUACACCACUAGAGGAUGACUGGCCGGGCGACAAGGUCCUUCAAGCUUUAGUCGAUAUGGCCGUUCCACUAUUUAUCGUUGCCGCGACUGUGUGUCGCUACGUGGGUGAUCUUAACUGGAAUCCUCAAGAGCCACUUGAAGACAUCUUAAAGUCUCAAGGGACCGGUCGUUUGGACCAGAUGGAACAGACAUACCUUCCCGUGCUCACGCAACUGACAACGACAUUAAGCAACUCACAUGACAAGGAGAAGCUGUAUCAGGAAUUCCGAUUGACACUCUUGCUGAACCGCUUUCCGUGGCAAUUGCUGUCAGGCUCUAAUGGUCUACGAGAAAACUUAUGCGACCUUGACUAUCCAGGCCAGCCACGACGAGAGCUUGACUCGAUCAUAAUUAACGAACGUCUCUCACCCGCAUUUCAGUAUGCGUGUCGAUAUUGGGUACACCAUGUCCAGCGUAGCAUGGUUCCUAUUCAUGACGAUGACGAAGUGCACAAAUUCUUGCGGAAACACUUCCUGCACUGGCUCGAAGCUCUCAGUCUAAUAAACAGGAUCGCUGAAGUCAUUGUGUACAUUAGCGCAUGGCAAUCAUCUGUGUCGGAAAAUGAUUCGACUCAGUUGUUCUCCUUUCUUGAAGAUGCGCGACGGUUUGUUUUUGCUAAUCGAUAUAUAGCCGACCCUGCACCCCUGCAGGUUUACUCGUCGGCAGUGAUGCAGAAGAGUAUAGUGAGGAACGUUUGUGGCCAAAUUCGGGCGUGGAUCCAAACGUAUCCGAUCACUCCAACGAUGUGGAGUCCGGAGCUACAGAAGCUGGAGGGACACACUGACUUGGUGCGCGCGGUGGCCUUCUCGCCCGACGGCUCGUUGCUGGCGUCUGGCUCGGACAAUUACACCGUCAGGCUGUGGAAUCCGACCACGGGCCAGGAGCUACGGAAAUUCGAGAACGUACCAGAAACCUCCACUAUCAGUCUCACAAUCGACAAUAGCAUUGUGCUUACUAAUCGAGGGGCUAUAUCUGUCGACAGUGGAUCUUGUCCUCAUCUGGCGCUCGAAUCUUCGACUCGUAAUACUAUCACGAUCAACAAAGAAUGGGUUCAAUGGAAUAACCGAAAUCUUCUUUGGCUACCACAGGAGUAUUGCAGUGAUUGUUUAGCAUUUUAUGGCAAUAUGUUUGCCAUUGGCCGACACUCUGGCCAGGUUAACUUCAUCCAAGUCGAUGUUGCUUGA